AUGGAGUCGGCACAGCUGCGACAGCUGCGGGAGCGCGAGAGCGCCUUGCGGGCGGAGCUGAUGGUCUCGUGGAGAGUGGCGAACGACAUCUACACCACCGGCCGCUGGUCCAUGCUGGGCGGCACGGACGGCGCCAACCAAGUGCCGCGGAGCUUAGGACAAGAGGAGCGGAACAUGGAGGUGGUGUUGCAGAACUUCCCCAAGUUGGACGUGGGUCCCAUCGGCGAGUUCAACCACUGGGAUCGCCGCGAAUGUCGGGUGCAGAACCCGGAGGAGUGGAAGCGCUGCCGCUGGGACCGCAGUGCUGUGAGGGACCCCUGGGACCCCCUGGGACCCCGGAAACUGCUGGAAGAUCCGACGACUUUGGUUGUCAUGCCAAGGAUUCCGAAGGUCAUCCACCAGAUUUGGGUCGGGCCCAAGGAACCGCCAUGUCUGUGGCUGGAUACCUUUCGCUCCGAUUACCUGGAGGCCCAUCCGGACUGGAGCUACGAGAUUUGGAGCGACGAACGCGUGGCCAAGCUGCCCAUGUUCAACGAGAAGAUCUACGUGGAAGAGAAGAUGUGGCAGUGCAAAGCCGACAUCCUGCGCUUGGAAUUUCUCUGGCACCACGGAGGUGUCUACGUGGACGCGGACAUGAUCUCGGUGGGGAAGAAGUCGUUGAAUCCCAUCGUGGAGCUGGGCAAGGACACAGGCUUCGUCAUCGCCUAUGAACCUGAUACCAAGGACAAGCCAUACUCCAUUCUGGGCAACUCCGUCAUUGCCUGCACGCCUCAUCAUCCGCUGAUUCUGAUGCUGAUCCUUUACUUGAAGCAGACUUUCUACCAGAAGCGAAAUCACAUUGAAGUCUUUGCUGUCACAGGUCCGGUGAUGUACACCAAGUGCUUGGUGGAUUCGGGCAUGCCCAUCUCCAUCGCAGCACAGGAACUUCUCUACCCAGCCUUUCACUUUGUUCCGAACCCCGAUGCCAUCGAUUUCAGCCGCUUUCCCAAGUGCUUGAUGUUCCAGUUCGGCUACACAUGCUCUGGACUGGAAGGAUAUGUCAAGCGCCGAAAUCGAUGCAAGAGGCCGGCCGAGUGUCCCUUCCAUACCAAGACGCCCUACCUCCAGUCCUACAAGUCCCUGGUGGGGCCAGAGACGCCGUUGUAUGGUCAGGUCCCCGUGGCCCUGUCGUACUUGGAGACGCUGCUGGCGCUGCCGGUGCCAGCUGAUGGCAGUUUCGCGUUGGAGGAAGGCACCGCGAUGUUUCUGGUGGAUGGCGAAAUGGUGCAGUUGGUGGAGCUAAGGCAUCAGGUGGCAGGCUUCAUGAAUCGCGUGCGACACCAUCCCUGGGACGUGUUGAUGCUGGGCAUGGAGUGGUCCACCGGAGCAGAUGAGGUUCGGCAAUAUGCGAAACGAAUCCGAGUCCUACAUUUUUUUGAUAUCCAAAUGGUGUCUGAAUUGUGCAUCCAUGGGGAAAACAACUUUGUAACGUAUCAGGUGUGUCAGGCUAUUGAUUUGAUGCAGCUUGAUAUACUUGGAUAUAUGUCCAUGGGUGUAAUCCACCAACUCAGUGGGGGUGUAAAUAGUUGGAGCAGGCUCCUCACAUGGUUAAACUUCGCUAUCCAAUUGAAUGGCUUACCGAAAAAGAUAGAACAGUCCAAUCUCAGGUGUCCAAUCUCAGCAAAAUAG